AAGUUUGGUAGACAUAUCUUAAAAAUCUAUAAUUUUUCGAAGAUGAGAAAGGUAUUUCUUAUUAGAAGAAUAUGUUGCCAGGAGCAACUGUGCUGUCUAAUCUGCGAUCAGAUGUCAGAAGGCGGAAGUGAUUGACUAAUUUGCUUUGUCUGUGUCGAGUGGUGGAUAGAUAGCAAUUUGUGAAGGAUCUUCAAUCAGCAGCAUGAUGGUUGUCACAUGUGAAGCAGGAUAUGCUUGUCAUUCCUAAAGACACGUGAUCACCCUGGUAUUUGUAACAGUAGUUUCGGAUAAAAAAAGGAAAAAUAUUUACUACACAAAAUGGAAGAAGAACUUGCUACUCUAAAGACAAAGCUGAUAGAUGUAGAAAAUGAUCUGGCAAAAAUAGUAAAAAGAAGAACAGAGCUGUUGGAAGAACUUGAUAGACAAGGGGAAUCUGCAGACGGUAAACUUAAAAAAGACGUACGCCAUAUCCACCAUGACGUCACACGUAAAGAAGGUGAUAUAUUUUUAUUGAAGAAGAGAAUCAAACAAAUUACGUAUAAACUGGAAAUAGCGGCUAAAUUGAGUAAACUAGAACUUGAUGAUGAUAUUACUGAUUUAAAGAAAAUGUUGAAUGACGUAAGCGGCCGCCUAAAGGUAAACAAACAAAAAGCAGUUGAGACAUUUGACAAUAUUCAAAAAAUUCAAGAACAAGGUGCAGAACUAGCGAAAGGAAUAGAGGAGUCAAGACAAAAAGCAAUGGACGAAUGUGAUAUCCGAACAGACAAACUGAUGGCUCGUCUGGAUGUGAGACAAGACUUUGUUGACCAAAAGAGAGCUGAAAUAAGUGGCAUGAGGCGUGCGUCUGGAAUUCCGGAUCCUGCCGAAUUGGCAGAAAUAAGAAGAUUGGCAGCAUUACAGGACUCUGCCCGUGCUGCGAAUGAUGUCGAGGAUAGCGAUUGAUUGUUAAAUUUUUGACUAGUGUGUUCCCCUUUGUUUUAUAUGUUUUAUACCUUGGAAGUAUUCUA